ACUCUCACCAUUUCUCUCCAAACUUUAAUAUAAAACGUCAUUAGACGAAGAAAAUGCUUUGGUGAAGCAGCUCUCUUUAUCUGUCUCUCUCUCUAAACAUCGUUUUCUCGCUCAGGAUCCAUUCUUAUGAUUUGAAGUUACCGUUGCUGGGAACUAUAUAUAUAUUCGAAAUUUCUUCAAUACUGUGAAGUAACCAAAGAAAAGACGAAGAAGAAAUGCAGUUUUGUGUUUUGAUUCGAAUAUCCUCAUCGGUGGUGACAGUAUAAUUAUGAUUGUGGCUCGCUAGCUAGUUUUGAUUUGCAAGAUACUCUUGACAUUCCGCUAUACACUACUUCUACUACAAUCUUCAUCGAUCCAGCUCGACUACUAUUUAUCCAAAACCUAAAAAAACUCUGAAUUCACAGAACUGUAGCAACUCUCUCUGAUCGUAUUCACAAAACAUAGCUCACAAAUCUACUAGACAGUCUAGACCUACAGUGUCUUAAAUCUUUAGUUAUUACAACCAUGGUUUCAGAAUCAGAUCAAAACCUAACUCAUGGUGAAGUAGAUUCAGCACCAUCAUCACAGCCAAUGCAACAAGAUGAUCAUAACAACAACAAUGGUACAUCAUCAAAAACCCAUCAUCAUAAUAAUACAUUAUCUUCAUUAGGAAGACAAUCUUCAAUAUAUUCGUUAACCUUAGAUGAGUUUCAACAUACUUUAUCGGAAAAUGGGAAGAAUUUUGGGUCAAUGAAUAUGGAUGAGUUCUUAUCAAAUAUAUGGACUGCUGAAGAGAAUCAAGCUGUUCAUUCAAAUAGUGAAACAUUACCAACAAAUCAAAAUGACCCCAAAACCUUAAAAUCUCAUCCAAGUUUACCUCGUCAAGGUUCCAUCUCUCUUCCAGGCUCACUCUGUAGAAAAACUGUUGAAGAAGUUUGGGGUGAGAUUCACAGAGAACAGCAGCAGCAACAGCAGCAACAACAACUUAAUAAUGUCGGGAAUUCCGGGACUACCCAUCGUCAACCUACAUUUGGGGAAAUGACUUUAGAAGAUUUCUUAGUUAGAGCAGGGGUAGUUCGGGAAGCUUGUGGUACUUCAGCUCAGCAUCAGUUACUACAGUCACAAACUCCACCACCCACAGCAGCACCUACACCAGGUGGGCCACAACAAUAUGGGGUUUACCCUGGAACUACCACUGCUGGUGUAGACCCAAAUUUUGGAAUGGGACCUGUAAUGGGUCUUGGAUUUCCAGAUCACCGAACUGUUGGAAAUGGUGUUUCAGGCGGUAUUCCAACAGCUUACCAAGGGUUUCCACAUGCCGGAGUUGGUGUUGGAGAAACGUCGAAUUUUGGUGGGGGUGGGAAGAGAAAUGGUGGUUUUCAAUCUAGUGGUGUGUGUUUUAGUGGAAGGGUAGGGAAUGGUGGUGCUGGAGGUGGUUAUGCUGCAGCAGCACAGACGCUGGCCCUAGGGUCACCUGUAAGUCCAGUGUCCUCUGAUGGUAUGUGUGGGAAUCAAAUGGAAAGCACUAAUCAGUAUGGAUUGGAUCAAAUGGGAGGAAUGAGAGGAAGGAAGAGGAUUAUAGACGGCCCAGUUGAGAAAGUUGUGGAGAGAAGACAAAGAAGAAUGAUCAAAAACAGAGAAUCUGCAGCGAGGUCUAGAGCUAGAAAGCAGGCGUAUACAGUGGAGCUAGAAGCAGAACUGAAUCAACUGAAGGAAGAGAAUGCGCGUCUCAAGCAGUCUCUGGUGAGCGCUGCGGAGGUGGAAAAGAAGAGACGACUGCAGCUGCAAGAACUGAUGAAAGAAAAACCCCCUACUAAGGCACAAAAGACAACUGAAAGGCUGAGGUUAUUGAGGAGAACAAACAGCUCUUGAAGUGGAAGAGUAAGUCACUUGGGAACAAGAACCUGCAUCUGAGUCUAAUGUGAAAUAAGAUGAGUUUGCUGAUUAUCCUCAACAUUCAAUUAAUUUCUAGGAGAUUCUCAUUUUAUUACAUCCCCUAUUAUCAAAAAGAGAGAACAAAAAACAAAAUAACAAAAAAAAAGUUCUCAGGUGAUUGUUUCCUUGGAAGGGUAGGCAAAAUGGAUUGCUUUGUUAUACCUAGUGGGUUAUGUCUCAUCUUUGUUUCUUCGUUUAUACAUAGAGAAAUAGAUGUUAAAGAGGGUUUUAAUCAUAUAUAUUUAAGCAAUAAUGUUGUGCGAUUGUAACCUGCUGGUUCUGGCUCUAGCUUUGUAAUUAAGUUUAUUUAUUUACCA